AUGCCGGACCAAGCGUCGGGAAACGUCCAGGCCGCCUCGGCUCGCGUGUCCUCGUUUUUCAUCGCCAACCUGCUGGCGGCCCAAACGAAACGGCGGCGGCGAGAAGACGAGGAGGAAGAGGAAGAGGAGGAGGAGGAGGAGGAGAGGGAGGCCGGCCCGGGCCAGGCCCCAGAGGAGACCCCGGCGGUACCCCGCGCCCAGCCCGGCCGACCCUGCUCCCUCGCCUGCUGCCGGACCCCGGGGGGACCCCGCCUGGAGCUGAGCUCGCCGCUGCGGGAAAACGCCCUGGAGUGGUACCGGCGGGCGCGCAAGGCGUUUAGGAGCUGCGCCAGUCCGGAAACCAGCGACAGGGACUCUCCGGAGAUCACCGCCGAAGGAGCCCCCCAGCCGAAGGGAGGCGAGGCGCGCGGCGGCGGCGGCGGCGGCGGCGGCGGCGGGCGCAAGAAGAAAACGCGCACCGUCUUCAGCCGAAGCCAGGUGUUCCAGCUGGAGUCCACCUUCGACGUGAAGCGCUACCUGAGCAGCUCGGAGCGGGCCGGCUUGGCCGCCUCGCUGCGCCUGACCGAGACGCAGGUCAAGAUCUGGUUCCAGAACCGGCGCAACAAAUGGAAGCGCCAGCUGGCCGCCGAUCUGGAAGCCGCGCAGCUGCCUCCUUCCACCGCCCAGAGGAUCGUCCGCGUCCCGGUCUUGUACCACGACAGCUCGCUGACGGGGAGCGCCUUGGCCGCCUUGCCGCUGUCCCCCCACGGGCCGCCCCCGCCGCCCCCGCUGCUCAGCCUGGCAGGGGGAGCGGUGGCUUAUCCGCUGAGCGCCUUCCCGGCGGCGGCGGCGGCGGCGGCGGCCCCGUUCUUGCGGGCGCCGGUCAGCGGCCUGGUUUAA